GCCCAUGUCACGGAGCUAUAUGGGGGAGAUGAGCUAGUUUCCUGAUCUGGUGGCGGUCGUUGAAAAGAGGCAGGAUGCGGGACAGGCUAGAGAUGCUGCAGGCUAUCGGCAAGGAGCAGGAGAACCAUGAGCCUGAGCAGUACAGAGUGGAGUAUGACAUGGAUGGUAUGAGUCUGUCCCACGAGGCAGUGGUGUUCGAGAGCUCCCCGGUCAUUGACAGCGUCCUGCAGGAGUCCCACUUCAUACGAAAGGAGAUCUCGCUCCUUCGUCUGGAGGUGGGGCACCUGAGCAAACACAAUGAGCGCUUUGGCACCAGCACGCGCCGCCUCACCCUACUCAAACAGGACUCCGACUCCAUCGCCAGGGCCAUCCACCGGCGGGGCAAGGCUCUCUACUCCCGCCUCCAGGCCUUGGGCACCCAAAGCCACGAGCUACAGGAAAAAGAAGGUCCCCAUGCCGCUGUGAGCCGAAUCAUCCGGGGCCAGUACGACUCGCUGGCCUUGGCCUUUCACAGUGUCAUGGCUGACUAUAAUGAGGCCGAGAUGGUGCAGAGGAAGCUAUGUCGCAGGCGGCUCCAGAGACAGGUCUCCAUAGUGGGGUUUGACAUUAGUGAUAAGCGGCUGGAUGUCCUGGUAGACAAAGGGGGUGAGGGGUGGGCUGAGCUGUCCAGCAACCUGCAAACAGAAGGUGGGCACUCAUCGCGCUGGGCACUGUGUGAAAUCAAAGGAAGACACAGGGAGCUGGUGGAGCUCGAGACGAGGCUGAAGGAGGUCCAUGACCUGUUCCUGCACAUGGCCUUACUGGUGGAGGAGCAGGCACCCAUGCUCAACAACAUCGAGGCUAACAUGUAUGCCACGCAAGAGUAUGUGGAGAAGAUCAACAUUGAACUCAAGCAGGCCCAGAGGUUCAAGAGGAAGAACCCAUUCCUGCAGUGCUGCCCCUGUCUACCCUGUUGGAGUCGGGUUUUAUAG